UUUUAUUUCAAGGUUAAAAUAAAAUAUGCCCCAGCUGAUGCUUAAAUCGUACAAGUUCAUAUUCUUCAACUUAUAUUACUAACACGUUUUAUUAAAUUUGUAAAGUAAAAAUCGUUAUUUUAAUUGUUGAGCAACACAGUUGUGUUAAAAUUAAAACAAAUUGUGUCGGAGAAAAUAACCGUGUUUAGCAUUAUCCAUGUUGGGGAGGGGUAAUUAAAAUCAUCGUUUAUUUUCAGAGUUAAGCUCGAAACAUCAUAACACCACUAGUAUAUAAGUCCUCAAACUUGCAAUGCCUCGUAGUAAACGUAGGUCCACAACAGAUAUGAGUACUAACGAAGAUGACAGAUAUGCUUCUAAACGUCUACGAAAUUCAAAUAGUUCUCGUAGAGUUUCUAGGGUUGAGGAAGCUCAAUCAUUUAGUCAAAAAAGAUGUUUAGCUUGGUUUAGGGAAUAUACAACACCAGAUGAUCCAGAUACACUGGGUCCUGAAGGCAUGGAAAAGUUUUGUGAGGAUAUUGGGGUAGAACCGGAAAAUGUGGUGAUGUUAGUCUUAGCUUAUAAAAUGCAAGCUCGACAAAUGGGCUUCUUCACUAAAGAGGAGUGGUUGAAGGGUUUAGGGGAAAUGCAGUGUGAUUCAAUACAGAAACUACAGUAUCGACUAGAUUAUCUGCGUUGCCUUCUGAAUGACCAAAAUGCAUUCAAGGCUAUUUAUAGAUAUGCAUAUGAUUUUGCCAGGGAUAAAGAUCAGAGGAGUAUGGAUAUGGACACUGCAAAGGCAAUGCUUCAGUUAUUGCUUGGUAAACAUUGGCCUCUUUAUUCCCAAUUUAGUCAGUUCCUUGAACAGUCAAAGUACAAAGUUAUUAACAAAGAUCAGUGGUGUAAUAUUCUGGAGUUCUCCAGGACGAUUUAUAAUGACUUGUCCAAUUACGAUGUAGACGGAGCUUGGCCUGUUAUGUUAGAUGAAUUUGUAGAAUGGUUGAAGGCUGCGAGAGCUAAAAGUGACAUAAGUUGAGAUUUAGUAACACAGAGCAAGUUCUACACUGUAAAUUUUUAUGUUGCUGAAUCUACAGUAUAACAUUUUGUGUUGAGAACCUUGUGGUAAUUUUAACGAAAGUAUAACAAUGUGUACUAAUUUAUUUAUAGAAAUUUUGACCCAACACAUUUCCAAUUUGUUUUAAUUCACUUUUACUUUCAUUAAAAUUAUUUAAUUGUAAGGUUCAAAAAUAUACCAUUAUAAAAAGUAAAUAUUAAACUAGAAUCUUCAGUCACAUUGUAACACAGAACUGAUGUAGUUAAUUUAUUUUUUAAUUAAGUUUAACUAUACAAAAUUUACCACUAUCGUUUGAAGUUUAUUGUGAAAUAAAGUUUUAAAUUUAUUUUGUAUGUUUUGUGUAAACUACUUUUACAUUAUACUUAGAAAAUAAAACAAAUUCCA